AAGGCAUCAAAUUCUCUUGCAGAGUUUGAAAGUGCAGAAACUCUUCUAAACUCAGAGGUUUACAUGUUGCUGGAACACAGAAAGACACAGAAUGAAGGUGCUGAAGAAGAGCAAGAACUGUCAGAAGUUUUCAUCAAAACUUUGAAUUAUACUCAAAAGUUUAGUAGAUAUAAAAACAGGGAGACAAUAGCUCAAGUCAGAAGGUAAGGAGACUCUCUAGACUCUAGACUGUUAUGGACACUUAUAAAUUUAUUUACAGACACCUUAAGAACAUUCUCUUACUUGUAAACUUCCUUUUUCAUCUUUGUUGCAGUUUGCUAGGUAAGAAAAAGCUUCACAAGUUUGAAUUAGCCUGUUUGGCUAAUUUAUGUCCAGAGACGGCAGAGGAGGCAAAAGCUUUAAUUCCAAGGUGGGUCUCGUUGUCUGUGUAUUUCUUUUUAAUCCCUUGUAUUGAAGGCAAAUGAGUAUAUUACCAAGCAAGAAGUUAUAUGGUAGAGUUGGCCAUUAUUUAUACUGAGCGAAUUUAAUGGCCUCUUGUUAAUCCAAAAAUUAACUUGAUACCUAUGAUGAAAAUGCUAAAAAGCAAUGGUUAAUUAAAAUAACAAACGUGAAUAAAAUUAUUUUGAGUUGCUGGUCUGUUGCAUUGUUUAUGUACAUAAGUUGCAUUAUUUAAGCUUAGUUGCUGUUGUCGUUUUUUCUUUUUCAUGACAAUUAGUGAGAAACCAUUAUUACUGAGCAAUAAAUAAUAAUAUUGAGAGGCUAUAGAAUGAGCAUCUCAUGGAAUCCCUGUACGGUGUCUUUCCAUGGCUUCCAGGUCAAUGUAUUUCAGUGAGUCAUAUAUUCACAAUGAAAACUCGCUCAGACCAUGUGGCCCAAAAUGUAUAGGCUGCACAGAACAGUAAGGCCUAGAGACUAGGCAAGAUCAAUACCAUGCUAAUACAAGGCUGUGCUGUAGCAGAGUCCACUGGCCCCUGGUGCCUAACUUUUGCCCUUGGGCGACUAGAAAGUCUUACUUUUAUUGUACAAAACAGGCUGGGCACCCUUGAUUUUACAGAUUAAGCAUGCUGGGCUUCCUUCAGUUUCCCUUAGAGCACAACCUUGUAAUAUCCACAUACAAAUUCUCCAUACUAAUCCCCAUACAUUUCCUGAAAGAAAUUGUUGGGAGAAUUUGAUCAAAGAUCAAGGCAUUUUCUCUUGGUGAUCAUUUUCCUUGAUUCUCUUAACCUUUUCUCUGAAUUCUGCAGUGAUAAUGUUGUGAGAUAAUUGUAGUUGGUCACUCUUGAGACUCAACCCUUUAAACCCUAACAUCAAAAUUCAAAUUCUCAUUUGUUAUCCCUAUACGUUUUCAAUAGGAGUAGUCCGGAGAACUUGUUGAUGUAUCAAUAGAUUCUUGUGUGAUCAUGUUCGUAAUUCUCAUGACCACUCUGUUUUACAAAGCAUUGAUAUUACAAGGAGAAAUUUGAUGCUGAUCACUCUUGGGGCUUAAAGGGUUAGUAGGUUAAACCAUGCAAAAAUGCAGUUUUUAACUUCCAAGGAACAGAGGAAACUGACUGGUUAAACGUCCACCCUCAACCAACACUGUUUUAUUUUCUUUUUCGUAGUUUGGAAGGAAGAUUUGAUGAUGAUGACCUUCAGCAGUUUCUUGAUGACAUUCAGACCCACAGGAGCUUUCAAUACUAA